AUGCUCUUUCUGGAUUUGUGCUUUGGCAGGGCGAAUGCUCCUUCUUUGCAUGUAGAUUGUCCCUUUUCUCUGAUGUUGCGCACUUCGUCAGUCAGGGACGCAUCGACAUGUCUGCGAUGCAAUCUACGCCUUGUGCUUCGUCAAAUCCAACAACGCCGUUACCAAUCCUCGGACGAAUUGCCUCUUCCACUUCGACAUGCACAAUUUCCCACGCCUGCCCUUGAGGAACAACACAACGAUCAAACAAGCCGCCUCCGAGUCGUUCGCACCCAUGCCAACCAUGGCAGGAUCCGUGGCAAGAAGGGUGGUCAAAGACGUGUCGAGUCGUCCGAGGCUUUGUCCAUCGCCAGCUUAGGUCAAUCCUCCGAAGUCAUUGUCCUGCGUGACUUGCACGAACCCAAGUCACCGAGAAAGCCUCUUCAUGAGCAGCUACGGGAACAGGAAGCCGACAGCGAUGAGCCAACCCCACUGGCCUUGACAGCCAGCGACAUUCAAGCCAUGUCGGGGGGCAGAAGAGCCGUGCGACCGCCGCCCAGCGAAGUCUUCGAAUCUAUCGAAGCCCUGAGGCCCGACGGGGGUAUCCAUGUUGUCACAAAGAACGAGUUCGACGCAAGGCUCACCGCCUUGGCAAAGGGCUAUACCAUUAGCCAGCUGAGAGGCUACAUGUACCAUCAGACGGCUCCUGCGAAAUUAGCCAUGUCAAAAGCCAAAAGGUCACGUCAUGCCCAAGAUCAUUUGGACACCACCGAAAUCAGUAGUGCCCGAGGCGAACUACAGGACCUCACGCGGACUCCUUGGCAUCCUGGCAUCACUGCUGCUACAAAACGAUUGCCCAUAACGCGCUCCGCUAUGGACAGUCAAUUCGCAAAGGGCCGCAAGAUGAACAACAAGGAAUAUGUUAUAGAGUCAAUUUUGCGUGAGGCUUGGGCUCUCGGCAUUGAGGAAGAGCAGGCAGCCAAGGGCGAGAUGGAGUUUUUACUAUCACCCAUGCAGUUUGGUUUGCUGCUCACGAAGAAUUCGGAAGCAUUGCGGCCUUUACUUGAGAGCUCCAAGUUCUACAAAAACUCUCGCUUCCAAUUGUUCCAACCCGACCAUGUUAUCCGCAUCAUUGGUCCGAGAGCUGAGGCUGAAGCUAUCGCCUUUGUCCUGGCUGAAGCCUUUGCUCCAGCCAGAAGCGCUGAGAUCGCCCUCAAUACCUUUCACUCCGUCUUGCAACAUAAUCCACCUGGUUACAGGUUGCCUGAUGUUUUUAACGCUACCCAGUUGAGCAAUAUCAUGGAUUUGACAAAGACCUACAUUCGUUACGACCACGAAGCCAAACACCUUCAGGUUGCUAGCUUCGCCGACGUGGGCAUUAAUGAUGCCCAUCGCUUGCUUGUCGCUCUCUUGCCAAUGCAUACGCACGGUACCACCACUCGGCUCCAUGAUCCUCACAAGUCUGGCGACUGUCAUCUAGAACCCACAUCGACCACCGCAAAUCUGCCUUCUUCUACCAGACAUAGACGGCUUGCUCGCUGGGUCACCUCCUCGCCCAGAACAGUCAAGACCAAGACAUCUGCUGUCGAUGAUCCGAUGUUACUGGGGCUCCAGGAGGGAAACGCAAGAUCCAGACCCCUCGCCAACCUCUCUGCAUCUCGUAAACCCCUCUCGAAGUAUAGUCCAAUCAUCACUCAAGCUAUCGAGAUCAUGAGAACAUCUCCGCUAAUCCCGGAUGCACUUGCGAACCCACGUCGCCCCAGUAUAUGGCCUGAUACUCCUAGACACGAUUUUUGGGUGGCGCGCUUCGGUCAAGCAUUGCACGAUACCGGACUUGAAGAUACUUACCCUGGUGUUGAUGGUAUUACUUCAACAAGAUCAACAGUGCAAGAGAGCUACGCCAAGCCCGUUUUUGGUCCCAAGUUUCCCGGUCUUGAGGGCCUUCUAGCUGAUAGCCGUCCCGUUUCAAGGAGAAAAGAUCAAAGUUGGGUAGACAGGACUGAGCUCAUAGCCCAUCUGAUUCCAUCUCCUCUCGAGCAGACAGGUAUCUUGGCUACCAGCGCUUUUCCCAGCAUCCAGCUUCGUUUCACUAUCGAAGAAUCUAUUGAUCCGAUUGAAGAUGAAAAGGCCAUCUUCACCAUGCUCCCAAAUGGCAAACGGAUCGUGUUCAAUAACAUUCGGGCCAUCGCUCGUACUGAUGUUGUGCAAUUAGACCUCCCGUCGCAUCCUGUUGACAUUCGAUUCGAGCGCACACAGGCGUUAAAGUCCCGCCACGCAGCCAACGACGCACGAAUCAAAUCAUUCAUCGAAGCUGUGCACAAAAGUAUGGUCAAUGAUACAGCACUUCGUGCUCCUCCGGCUGUUGAGAUUCCUAUCCCGCAAUGGAUUGUUAGUCCUAUGAACUCUAGCCACCCCGAAUACUUGCAGCAUGCGGCACGCAGCCUUAAAUCUCAAGCCUUUUCUGAGAGAGUGCCUGCGGACCAGAUGAUUCCUGUCAAAUAUCUCUUUGCUGGUUUCGAGUAUCGCGAGCCGCGCGACUUCGAAACCAAAAGUGUCGCAUCGAAAUACAGAACGAGAGUUCAAACUGUCGAAGCGGGUGUGACUGGUGGACGGCGUAUCGAACUCAGCAUGUUGUUGAGUUACCGUGCUAUGAAAGACAUGUUCGACGGUCAACAGUUUUCCGACCUCGAAGGGUUCGCGAGCGCAUCGGUCGACCUUGUCAAUUCUCUAGGAAAGAUCGAAAAACGAAGUGAUCACGGUAGCGCGUCACGCAGGUCAGCACUCGCAAAGGAUGGCCAUCAAAUGCGACAAGAGAAGAAGACGAAGCGCGAAUCUCGAAGAUUGCAAGCUGAAUCGGCCCAAACAAAUAGCUCGUGGUCAGAGCAUUCGCCUGUUACGCCCCAGUCAAACAUUCAAGUGGAUAAUAUGGAACAUGGAGCACAGUCAGAGGACGUCACUGAUGUUGAGGUUCCGCAAUCGCAAGUCUCCGACCCUGUCGAGGCCUUGGAGAUGGGCAAGAACGCACAGCAAGAGCAAGGCUCCAAGCUAGAUAUCGACAAUGAUCCUCACGCCGAAGGGUUACCGUCGAAUGAGCAGCCUUCUCAGGAGCCAAUCGUGAUUGGGGAACCGGAGAAUCGACUCAUUCCCGAUGCGCAAGACUUACAGCCUGUUGAACAUCGUACAGAGGAGAGUUCCUUAAAAACAGCGACUCAGUCUGAGAUCGCCGACAGUCCAACAGAGCAAGAUCAAACUUCCAAGCCCGCAGGAGGCGAAAAAUCCAACACUGUAGAGCCCACCACGAGCACAUCAGAACCAGCGAUCGAGGCAAAGACCGCUGAACAGACUUCCGAACAGACGCUUGAGCAAACGCCCGAGCCAGAGGCAGAGGCCAAAAAGGAAGAAGAACAGACACCAGAAGAAGAACCAUUGAGCGUUCGUCUCAGACGCUUGAUGGGUCGAUAGUGUCUAUGAUCUUUCCAACUCUCAUCUCACGAACCACAAAAAGUAUAUAGAAGGAUAGGCUUUAUUUUCCUUCUUGUAAGAUUAUUCAUAUUGCAUAUAUAUAUUCUGUAACACUAGACUUUUGAUAAUCACAUUGAGAGAUAUUUCGGCACUUCCAGUUAGCACAGAUGAUGAUGUGAAUGUUUAAUU